AUGUCUGCGCUCGACACGUUGCCACUUGAGAUCCUGUUUCGAGUCUUCGAUUUCAUUGCAAGUCCACAUGGUUCAAUUUCGUCUAAAUUUCAUCCGCUUAACAGUCUUGCUGCGGCAAGCAAACAUUUCGACUCUGCUGGGGAAGAGUACACACGUGCCCUUCUCAAACGACAUGCCAAUUUUGAGCCUCGAAAGAGAUCCAAAAAAUACACAAGUCGGAAGAAAUGGUUGGCUGAGACAUGUCAACUCUGUUAUAAGAAGAGCAAACGACGCUCCACGCUUUGGGGUUACCUGACAUGUUGCUUAGCAUGCGAUAAGAAGCACUUCCCAAAAGUAACCAUGACGAAUGCCAUCAAUCAAUACAGUCUUUCAAAACUUGACAUUUUCACACCAAACGACCUGCACCCCGCACUUCCAUCUCUGGCACAUGGAGAGUACCCAGUCAUGGGCGCUGUCGCUAUAAUGAUCUAUGAGCCGGAUCUUGCUUCGCGACGAGACGAUAUUCACAGCCAGCUCCGCUCUGUCGAUAUGACUGAGGAGCAACUGCGCAAACGUGUUCGACGUCACAACAAGCUGAUCGCACAUAUGGAGGUUACGUAUGACCCUGUUUCUAAGUUCUGGUACCGAGCUAGCAAGUCGCAAAAGAAUGGACAGAAGCCAGCGAAAGGCAGCAUGCAGACAGCAGAGAGUCGCGAUAAAUUUGUGCGAAUAGGACUUGCGGAUGAGCGUGCUGCAAUGCACACACAAGGUGCUUCGGAAGAGACUCCGAUUGAGCUCAAUUGA